AUGAAUUCUGUUGAUGUGGAAAAUGUUUCUGGUUUAACUAUUGGAACCAAAGAUUGUCAAUUUGUUAAGCAGCACAUUUUCUUGAGUGGUAGUAUAGCUGUUGGUAAAACAACUUUGAUGAAAGAAUUACAUAGUUUUUUUAUGAAUAGGGAUGAAUUCCUUUUUAUACGAGAAUAUAUAGAUUACGACACUGAUGGUAUUAAAUAUCUUGAACGUUUACAACGAGGACUGAUGACAAAUUAUCAAUUCCAAAUGUAUGUUUUAAAGUGUUAUGAAGAUCAGCUUAAUUGUCUUGAAUUUGAGGGCGCUGAAAUUAUUAUUUGGGAAAGGCACCCUUAUGAAGCUUUAAGUAUAUUCUGUAAAAAUGAUCAAACUCUUUCGGUUAAUGAACGGUUAAAAAUUGAAUUAAGAUUGGACGUUUUGUGUGAGAAGUAUAAAAUACCUAAGUUUGGAGAUAAAAAUAUUGAAUAUUAUGAUUUUGAUACUGCUGUUAUUAAGACCGAAAAUAUUAUGAAAUUUAUUAUUGGUGAUAUUGUAUAUCCGAUGUUAAUGGGAGAGUAUGAUUUUAAUGUUUUUAUAUUCUUAUAUUGUAGUGAUUUAGAUGAACAGUUUAAAAGGUUAAUUGAUAGAGGAAGAACAAUUGAAGUUGAAGUAUAUAAGCAUAAGGAAGAUUUGCUUAUGGUGAAUAAUAUAUAUUUCAGUUUUUAUUUAACACGUAAAAUUAAUUUAACUAAUUAG